AUGGGUGACUGGAACUUGCUUGGGAGCAUCUUGGAGGAGGUCCACAUUCACUCCACCAUAGUGGGAAAAAUUUGGCUGACAAUCCUCUUCAUUUUCCGAAUGCUGAUACUGGGAGUCGCUGCCGAAGAUGUCUGGGAUGACGAGCAGGUUGAGUUUAUUUGUAACACGGAGCAGCCCGGCUGCAGGAAUGUUUGCUACGACAAAGCCUUCCCGAUCUCCCUGAUCCGAUACUGGGUUUUACAAAUCAUUUUUGUCUCUUCGCCUUCCUUGGUGUACAUGGGCCACGCGCUUUACAGGUUAAGGGUUUUAGAGAAGGAAAGACAGAAGAAGGCGGUCCAACUGAGAGCGGAACUAGAAGGGAUUGAGCUGAUACUUGAAGAACACAAGAGGAUGGAGAGGGAGCUGAAAAAGCUGGAGGAGCAAAAGAAAGUGAACAAAGCUCCGCUCAGAGGCUCUCUGUUGCGCACCUACGUCUUUCAUAUCCUAACCAGAUCUGUGGUCGAAGUUGGGUUCAUGGUGGGCCAGUAUGUCCUAUAUGGAUUUCAGUUUGACCCUUUAUAUAAGUGCACGAGAAUGCCUUGCCCAAACACUGUGGAUUGUUUCGUGUCAAGGCCAACUGAAAAGACCAUUUUCAUGUUUUUCAUGCUUUGUAUUGCAGCUGUUUCGUUGUUUUUGAACAUCCUCGAAAUCUCUCACUUGGGCGUCAAAAAGAUCAAGCAAACUCUCUACGGGAGAACCGUCAGACAUGGCACAGAGGAAGAUUUGAGUGUUUACAAAUCCAAGAAAAACUCCAUGGUCCAGCAAGUCUGCAUACUGACCAACUCUUCACCACACAAGAUGGUUCCUUUAACUCAGACAAGUUACAAAAUAUUGCAGGAGGGCCAGCUGGACCCUGUACCGAUUUACGUGCCCUCGGCGGGGUUUAAGAUGAUCUACGGAGGAAAUGAUGCGAAGGAUGAGAUCCUAAGGCAAAACCAAAAUGACCGUGAUCAUGACGCCUUUAGCAAUCAGCACCCUAGACAACUAGGCGAGCGUAGUCAGAGCCAGCUCCACGCGCAACGCCUGGAUAAAGCCUCUGAGCGUCGCAACACAUUAGAAGCCCAGGAUCGUUCUUGCAGUAGCGACGACUCCAACAACAGGUUCCAGCAGAACGGCAUCGGAGAGAACUCGAAUCAGCUACAGCAAGCUGCCCUGCCUCCUAAAACUUCGUUCCAGUCGAGCCAGCUGGAGAUCCCAGCUGCUGAGAGGAAUGCUCUUUACAAACAGAGCAGGGUCAGCUGCUGCAAGGACUAUGCAGAAGACCGCAGCGACUCCCCAGACAGCGGGCACUAUCCUUCCACAAGGAAGGCCAGUGUUCUUUCAAAGGUGGUAUCUGAGAGCAAGCUGCCAAGUCGAUCGGGUAGCCCCGACUCCAGGAACGGCUCCGGGUCGGAAUCCAAGCACCUGGGAAAAGGAGAAAGCCCCCCCAUGACGGCGCCUCCGUCCGGGCGAAGAAUGUCCAUGAGUAUGCUACUAGAGCUUUCUUCCAUCAUGAAAAAAUGA